GGCUGCGUAGGUCCUGUAACUAAAGGUCAAGUCCAGUAACAUGGUCCAGACCAAUUUUAGUCUGAGCCGUUUAAGUCCUCUUUUCCUUCAUUACACAGCUAUGAGACUGGGUUUACAACCGACCAGUACAGUGACUUUCUUACACCAGUGUUUUCAUGUCAGACUCGCAAACCAUCACCGACUUUGCCGAUCAACCCCAGCCAUGGAUCAACAAGGCAAGCAACUUCAGGGGCGUACAUAUCACAAUGCUGACCCUAGUCUACAUCUUCAUCGCCCUGCGGCUAUAUACGCGAUUCUGGGUCCUUCGCUUACCAGGAUGGGAUGAUAUCUUUGUCAUUUUCUACAGCUUCUGGUACAUGAUUGGGAUCGUCCCCACCUUGAUGUUACCGGCCGCGGGCUUCGGCAAGCACGUCUCGGAGCUCAAACCUGCGUCACUCGCAAAUGUCAUGAAGUUAUUCUACAUCAUGUACGGGAGUUAUAAUGUGUCGGCAGCACUCGUGAAGCUUUCACUCCUGUUCCAGUACAUGCGCAUAUACGACACUGACAGCCGCCUCCAUAAAAUAUGCGUUACGACAGCGUACCUGGUCGGUCUGUGGGGAUGUGUGUUCAGUAUUCUGGCGUGGUUUCCCUGCUGGCCGGUCAACGCCUUCUGGAACCGAACUGCUUCAGGGCAAUGUUGGGGUGUGGCCAUCAGGGGCAACUCCUUGCUCCUGGCUUACCUCAUCCAUGCGGCGACGAACGGACUUUGGGACCUGAUUGUUCUCGUGAUCCCCGUACCCCUUUUGAUCCGGCCUCAUAGCGAUACCAAACAUAAACGGGCCGGUCUCUUCACACUCUUCUCACUGGGUCUUGUGGUCAACGCACUAAGUGUCUGGCGAGUGGUGGUAAACAUCAGAAACCAGGUGGGACAAUACCCGACAUAUGACCCCACGUUUUACGGCCCGAUCAGCGUCACGCUCGGUGUGGCGGAGAUAUCCAUUGGCGCCAUCGCGGGCAGCAUUUCCGUCUUUUGGCCCAACCUCAUACGACCCCGUCUGAACCAAGUCGUUGUCAAGUUCGAGGUCAUGGUCAGGCGAGAACCGCUCCCUACCCAGCCGCUCCAAUAUCCGGAGAACCUGGGUAUGGGUAAACUACUGUCACUUGUCGAUGCGGAUCCCCUCCUCCACAGCAUGGACGACGGCAGAAACAACAGCGAAAGGCAUGGAUGCAGCACCGGGCGAGGUUUACAUAUGAAGCCUGCGCAUUACCGAGACAACUUUGUUGCUGGGCAAGUGCUUCCAUUUCCAGGGUCUACGGGCAGUAGUGGAGCAUGGUCCGAAGUGAAGUCUGAACGAGUUCCGACGAUGGCGAGCACCAGGGACCCGAUGCGUAAACAAUCGCUGGUGGAGCUUCUAUGUAACUCAUGAUCUGAAUAAACUGCACGGUGGCUGAGCUACGUGCAAUGGAUUUGGCAUGCUUCGUGGCUUCAACAAAGCACAAUCCACAGAUUCACACUAAUUUGGCUUCUAAUACAGGGAAUCGGCAGCAUAAUAUACAUUAUGUAGCCAAAUGGAGUGAAAUUCUAUGUGAAGUCCUCGUGAGUGAAGCGGGCUGCAUAUUUCGAGCGUCCGCCUACUUGGUUUUGUACAGGCUUCACCGGCUCACACUUAUAACAAACUUCCAAUAUAAAACAAAAUUGCGGGGUGCAACGCAAGGUAAAAAGAAUGAAAAUAAAUUGUUAAGUAUAGAC